AUGAUCAGUCUCUAUCGUUUUGGACAAUUCCUUGCUCUGUUACAGACGUGCUACUCUCAGUGCUCCGCUCCAUUCGACCCCAAAUCUUUGCUCAUUAGCAAUUAUAAAAAUUCCUCACAUCCAGGUUUUAACCUUUUGAGAAAUGCCGACAUUGCAAUGUGCAUGAUGAUUUGUUUUAAGUUUAAAUUGUGUCUCUCAGUGGAUUGGAUACAAGAAGAAAAGAUAUGUCGGCUAAACUCAAAGUUUAUCGUCAAGCAUGACAUCAGUCUAAUGACUAACGGCAUGACCUUUCAUGCCGAACGGGAAAAUUUUCCAGUGCACUUGGCGGGCAAUUGCUUAAACAACGUCUGUACUGAGGAUAGCAUUUGUAUUGGUGGUAAAUGUGUACAAGUUUUAAAAGAAAAAAUAUAUAAAGAUUGUUCAGACAUUGUGAAAAGAGACCCAGACAAGAUUGAACAAGAUGGAGUGUAUGUUAUUUACGCUGACACAUGGAGAGAGGUCUUCUGUGACAUGACGACAGAUGGAGGAGGGUGGACGGUGAGUAGUGUGUUUUAUUGUCAAUGUUAUUCAUCGACAACACCUGGAGAUAUGUCUACUGUGAUAUGA